GGUAAGUUUGUACAUGUUUCUAAACCGUGAGUCCCAUCCAGUGGUUCGUAUAGGAUCAUAUAUCAUGGCGUCUAAAGCUCAGUGUCCGCAUUGUUGUGUUUGCAAGAAGCCAUACAAGUACAAAGGGAUAGACCCGUACCUUCUUCCGUGUUUACAUGCAGCCUGUGCUGGGUGCAUUAGCGUUCAACGUGAAACAAUAACAUGCCUGUUAUGCAGAGAGUCAUUUGACAAAGAGCAAUUCAUUUUCCUAAAUGAUACCGUCACUCAAGUAGAAACCCUUGCCACUACCCUAAAACAUAAGCCCUCGGAGAUCAAAUGCACCAACAAAGAUCAUAGCCUGGAUGCAGUAUCCUGGUGCAAGGAUUGCGAGUCCUUCUUCUGUCAAUCGUGUCAAGCUGCACACAAUCAGGUGAGGAGUUCCAGCACCCAUGGGAUGGUGUCUCUGAAGGACAUGAAGCCAGCGGAUGUGCGUUCACAGAAGUCGCUUUGUCCAGACCAUGAAUCGUAUGCUCUGGAUCUUUACGAUGAAACGUGUGAGAUUAUCAUUUGUUCAAAAUGUGCUCGGUCAAAUCAUAAGCAUUGUAAGACUGAGGAGUUAGACGAGGCUGCUGGUGCCGUGGAGGAAGACACAAUAGAAGAUAAGAGUAAAUUGGCAGCCAAGUUACAACAUUUCAAGGAUAUGAUCGACGAAUCAAACACAAAACAGGAGACGAUGAAGGAAAGGCACAACGAUUUGAAGGAUUUGUUGUCACAAAGAUUUAACAGCAUCCGUGACUUGAUUACAAAACGAGAAGCGGAAUUGAGGAAAACCUUGGAGUUCAGACACCUGUCUGAGAUGGAUGAGGCUGCGAGGGUCAGUAACAAGCUAAGACGGAUAGUCAGGUUAUGCAAGAACACCCAUGAUUACACAGGGAAACUGCUGGAGCAUGGAAACACGAGCGACAUCCUGAUGCUGAGGAAGUAUGUGAAGUUCAGGACAGAAAUGGCUUUAUCUGAGGAGGCCGAGAUGUUUGAAAUUGUACCAGUUCAUGUAACAUUUUCAAAGGAGAAAAUACAAUCACUUGAAAAUGUUUUACAAACCGUGUGCGACAUUGAGACCAAGGAGGGGGAUGAUGGCAGCUUUAUGAAUUUGUAUGCCAAUUUUGAGGGACCAAACAGUGAUACUGAAACUUCUGAGAAAGAUCCCCAAGCACAGGGAAACUAUCUUCCAAUGUUUUCAACAGUGGACGAGAGUAAGCUUUCAGACUUGAUAUCAGAAACGGAGCCCCUUGACAUGGAUCCGGACACCGAAGAAGAAAAGGAAAGAGAACACAACGAAGAAAACGAAGAGGACAACGGGGAAGAGUUGAUCACCGGCAAUCCUGCUUUGUCAUAUCCUGCUUUGUCGUUUGACGUGGAAAGAAUCAACAACAAUAAGGUCCAUGUCAACAACAAAGGGUUCCUGGUCAAUAGUAAAGUCUCCCAAGAAAGGAAACUAGGUCAGUAUGUUGGGACAACGGCUAUUACACCUCUACCCAAAGACAAAGUCAGCUAUUGGGAGGUUGAGUCAGACUUCAACGUGGCCUCUGAAAUGCAACAACAUGGCCUACUUAUGGAAAUAGGUGUGGCUAGGGGAGCAUGCCUGGACAACAGCUACUGCAUGAGUGGGCAGAAAGGAUCCAUGUGUCUCGCCAUCGCACACUGCUCUACACACAAAGGAGUCUGUGCAAAGAUCUGGAGCAAUGGCCAGAAGAUGAGAUGCUACGAAAACGUUUUGUCGACCAGUCCAGGAACAUCUGACACACUGCGACAUGGGCUUCUGUUUGACGGUACAAGGAACACCCUCACUAUAUUUGACCUCAACACCAUAGCUGAACUUGUGACACUGGACACAGAAGAACAGGCAGAUGACCUCUGGCCCGUGUUCGGAGCAUACAACUCUUCCCUUGCUGCUGUUCAGAUGAAGGUGGUGUCGGGAAAAGAAAUAAAUAUUUUAAAAUCAAAGACAAAAAUGCUGAAGGGAGCAAUGGAGUGAUUUGUAGCUUAUAUUGCUAUUGAACAUUUUCGUGGGAGUAGAUGAUGAUAAAUAAUCAGUGAGGUGUUUCUUACGACUGUUUCUUUGACUGAUUGAUAACAUCACUAUCUACAUUCGCA